GUAUUUUUUUUUCCUCUUCCACCAUGAUCACCACGAGCAAUUUUAGUUUUACCCACACAAACAUUUUUUUUGUACUCUUAUUCACAGCGUGGUCAUAUUUUCACUACUAGCAUGAUACUGGCUGCCAUGGACUAUAUGUUAAGUUCCAGAAGAAAUACAAUAAAGUUGACUUGAUCGUGUUAUAUAAAAAAGAAAGAGAGAAAGAAAAGACCGCACGCACACAUUUGAUAUGUGGUACCUAAUGCUGGAGCUGGAAGCAUAUUCCAACAUGCCAAGCGGUAGGUUCUCCCAAGAUGAGCUUGCCACAGCCAGAGGUUCCUUGUGCCCUCCCAAGUCCCAGCUCUUCUGAAAACUGCCGUACCGCCGUGGGAUUACCAUUGCGUAGGCGAAACAAAAAGGGAUGAAAUCGUUCACGAGUCCCAUACACCAUCGGCAUGUUGUGCCAAGGAUAAGCUGAAUUACAUCCAGUACUGCCCUCUUGAACUAUACAAAGGUGUCUUGCUGCAGUAUCGAUCGCCAUUGUUUUCUGCAAGAAUUCGGGGGUUGCAGAGAGCUAUGCACAGCUCAAGAGGCACACUCGCGUUGCUCCUCUGUGCGAUCUUUCGAGCUGCAACGGCUUGCUCGGACGGGCAGUGCGAGGUCGGCGACCGAUGUUCGUCGGAAGCCGACUGCGGGUCGGAACUGUACUGCUACAAUUGCUGGAUCGAGUUCGCCGGCAAGAAGUGCGUCCGGUCGACCGUCGCAGACCCGUUCAAGAUUGUAGAUACAUCGUUGCCGUUUAACAAGUACGCGUUCCUGACGACGCACAAUUCCUUCUCCAUCCGCGGCGAGCCGUCCCGCACCGGAGUGCCACGGAUCACAUUUUACAACCAGGACGACUCCAUCACUGAUCAACUGAAUAAUGGGGUUCGAGCGCUGAUGCUGGACGUGUACGACUUCCGCGACGAGGUCUGGCUGUGCCACUCCAAGGGCGGGAAGUGCUUCGACUUCACCGCAUUCGAGCCAGCGAUCGACGCCAUGAGGGAGGUCGAGGCGUUCCUGGCGGCGAACCCGUCUGAGGUCGUGACGCUGAUCCUGGAGGACUACGUCAGCUCCGACCAGGGCCUGUCCAAGCUCUUCAACGCAACAGGCCUGACGAGGCACUGGUUCCCGGUAUCCCGCAUGCCGCGGCGCGGCGAGGACUGGCCGCGCGUGCGUGACAUGGUGGCGCGCGACCACCGGCUCCUCGUCUUCACCUCCGACGAGUCCAAGGAGGCCGGCGAGGGGAUCGCGUACCAGUGGAACUUCAUGGUCGAGAACCAGUAUGGCGAUGGCGGGAUGAUGGGGCUCCAUGGGUGCCGCAGCCGGUCCGAGUCCCGGGAGAUGGGGGACACGGCGAGGUCGCUGGUGCUGGUGAACUACUUCCACACGGUGCCGCUCAGGGCGACGGCGUGCGUGGAGCACUCGCGGCCGGGGCUCGUGGACGCGCUCAGGGCCUGCCACGCCGCCGCCGGCAACCGCUGGGCGAACUUCCUCGCCGUCGACUACUACAAGGUAUUACAGCUAUUCGCACUUGCGAUUUGCUACCUUCUUGUUCUUGGGACAUCGAACUUUAAAACUGGGUUUUAUUUACAGAGGAGCGACGGCGGGGGCGUGUUCGAGGCCACGGACAUGCUCAACGGGAUGCUGAUCUGCGGCCGCGACGACGUGCGCGCCUGCAGGAGGCGGACCCUGAAGGACGCGUUGCACGGCAUGCUUGGUGAUCUCAGGCUGAUGCUAGGUCGUGGUGGCGCCAAGAGGAAGUGAAGAAACCAUGGCUCGGUUCGUUUGUACUUUGUACCGACUGAGCAAUGCUACGCACUCAUCACUCAUGUGAGUAUGUGACAUUUGUGGUCGUCUUGGAGAUUGGAUUGGGUGUCAGUGGUGAAUGCUCAGUAAGUCAGUACGGCAACUGUAACUGUGCAAAGAACUACUACAAUAGGUGUAGUUGUGCAAAUUGCCGUAGUUAUCGUCACUGACAGUGAAACUAGGAGCAACUCUAGCAGGUGCUGAACUAGCAAAUAACCGUCAUUUUUCGGUUUUGGGUAAAAAAAACCGAUCAGAAACCGAAUAUGGUAGAAUCGACAAAGAAAGUUCGGACCAACCGAAUACACCA